AAUUUGAAUAAAUAAAAUGAAAAUGUAUUAAUAUUUGUUUUAGGAACUGAUCCUUUGAAAAAACAAAGAAAGGCUGAUGCGAUCCCUUCAGUUUUUCCUUGGAAUAGCUGCAUCAAACAGAAAAAAGAUGAGCGAAGUGAGCGAAGAGAUGCGCGCAAUCUUAAAGUUGAAGAGAUUAAGAAUGAGGCUGAAGAACCAUUAGAAGUAUUGAUGGAUGAUGCUGAUAUCUCUGAUGUGGCAAACUGGUGUACUGUUGAUUCAACAGACAGCAACUUAAAUCAGGACGAAGAUGCAUCAAAUUUUACUGAGUUGGAAGACAAGGAAGAAGUGUGCUUCACAGAGACAUCAUCUCAAACCAUCCCUACACCUUUUUUAUCCAUAGAAAACUUUAUUGAUGACCAUGAAGGAAUGCUAUUUUACACCGGUCUUGCAACACACACAGAUUUCCUUUUUGUUCUUCAUAGUUUAGGUCCAGCUGCUUAUCAUCUAAGAUAUCUUUACAAUCAAGUUCAAAAUUUGUCAGUUGAAAAUCAACUGUUUUUAACUUUGAUAAAACUAAGACAGAACCAAACAAACUAUGAAUUGAGUCGCUCAUUUGGAAUAUCAAAAACUACAGUAGACAACAUUUGGAUUACAUGGGUAAAUUUUAUGGCAAGACAAUUUAGAGAAAUUAAUUUCUGGCCUGAUAGAGACACAGUUAAUUUGUUUUCACCCUGUGACUUUUUUCAAAAAUUUCCCUCUACAAGAGUUAUUAUUGAUGGCACUGAAAUCCCAGUCAAAAAACCAAAACCCCCUGUUGCUCAACAAUCUACCUUCUCAACUUACAAAAACAGAAACACUGUUAAAGUGCUUGUAAGUGCUACACCUGGAGGACUUAUAUCAUACAUCUCCCCAGCUUAUGGAGGGUCUACCAGUGACAGGCAAAUUGUUGAACGUAGCCCUUUAACAAACAUUUGUGAACCAGGAGACUCGAUUAUGUCAGACAAAGGAUUCAAUGUCCAGGAUUUGUUUGCCCCAAAGGAUGUUAAGGUGAACAUUCCCACAUUCUUUAAGAAAAAAAACCGUAUGUCUAAUAAAACUGUUUUAAGAGACAGAAAUAUUUCAAGCAAACGUGUUCACAUUGAGAGGUUGAUAGGGCUUGCGAAAACAUAUAAGAUAUUAAAAGGACCCCUCAACUCUACGGAAACAAAAUUAGCAAGUGAAAUUUCUUAUGUGUGUUUUAUUAUGUGCAAUUUUCGAAAGUGCAUUGUCCCGAAACAUGCAUAA